AAUGGCCAUAAACAGCCUACUCUGCUUGAGAUGCUAGCGGUCUAGGCAACGACACACAGCAAUUAUAUCAUCGAUUUAUCACCAAAAGGAAUCUCAACCUAUUAGCAGCUAGAGUGCCUAAAUCUCCACAUAUUAGGAAGGAUAUGACAGAGCCGCGUAAACAAGGGAUGCCCUCCCACCCUGCUGCGGCCCCCGUGCACUCUGACCCCACAUGCCUGACCGUGGACAUAGACCCGGUGGAGUACACCCUCCGCAAACGACUCCCUCGCAAGCUUCCUAAGCGGCGGAACGACGUGUACGUCAACAUGAAGACGGACUUUCGGUCUCAGCUGGCCCGCUGUCAGAAGCUGCUGGACGGCGGCGGACACCGGGAGAUCUGCGUGCACGGCCUGGGCCUGGCCAUCAACAGGGCCAUCAACAUUGCGCUGCAGCUGCAGGCCAGCAGCCAGGGGGCGCUGCAGUUGGCCGCCAACACCUCCACGGUAGAGCUGGUGGACGACCUGGAGCCUGAGGACCCCGAUGAGGCUGGGGAGCCCCUGACCCGCACACGCAACAACUCGGCCAUCCACAUCAAGGUUUUCUACCCUGACCCCCAGUGACUGCAAGUGCGUGUGUCCCUCAACAACCAUCUCCAUGCAUGCAUGUGUGUAUAAACUUUAUUAUUACAUCCGUUGGCAGCUUUGAAAGACUACAUUUAUCUUUUUUUUGCAUGUUGUACUGCAAAACGCCUGCAGAUGAUUAUUGUUCAUAAACUAUGAAUCGAAACUGCCGCACCAUGCAUGCAGUGAGUACUCUGGUAUGAUCAGGGGUGCCCAAACCUUUUCCACACAGGCCUUCAUACUGAAAGGAUUCAUAAGACCUUUUGAUAUUUUUAACAUGCAAUGAGGGCUGGAUGCAAAAAAAUGGAAGUAUGCAGGGGCCACUUUGAAACACUUUGUAUUAAAUGAUAGUAAACGCAAUACCAUGUAGAUCAAUAUAUGCUAAACUUUCUAAACAAAGCAGAUUAGUGCAAUGUCUAAUGUAAACCUCUUGAGAUAGUUGAUUCCUUGUGUGUGUAUAUAUACAUCACAGGCCAAAAGUUUGGACACACCUUCUCAUUUCAAUGCGUUUUCUUUAUUUUCAUGACUAUUUACCUUGUUGAUUGUCACUAAAGGCAUCAAAACUAUGACACCUGUGAAGUGAAAACCCUUUCAGGUGACUACCUCUUGAAGCUCAUUGAGAGAAUGCCAAGAGUGUGCAGAAGAACAAAGGGUGGCUAUUUUGAAGAAACUAGAAUACAAAACAUGUUUUAAGUUAUUUCAUCUUUUUUUGUUAAGUGUAUAACUCCACAUGUGUUCAUUCAUAGUUUUGAUGCCUUCAGUGACAAUCUACAAUGUAAAUAGUCAUGAAAAUAAAGAAAACCCAUUGAAUGUGGGCUUUGUACCGAGGAUGUCGUUGUGGCUUGUGCAGCCCUUUGAGACACUUGUGAUUUAGGGCUAUAUAAAUAAAGAUUGAUUGAUUGAGAUUGAAUGAGAAGGUGUCCAAACUUUUGGCCUGUACUGUAUAUACAUUUUACCAAGCCAGUUAAACCUUUUUAAGGGCUUUAGCGCACACUAUUGCCACACAUUUGUUUAAUAUGUUUUAUCAAAGACCACAUAGUCUCUCGCCACAUCACGCUUCAAAUAUUGUAGCUUACUGGCAAUGCAAAUUUCAUUAAAACAUUUUUAGGCACAGUCUACAUUUUUGGGGGGGUCCUAAAAUAAGCAUUUUCAAGCAUAUCACUAAAUAGGCAAACUAUAUGUAAAGACUAAAGUGGUUUGGUCUGCUCUAGUGGCCAAAACUAAUCAGUGUUCUGUUUAGUUUUGUAGCCAAUGAUUGCCUCAGCCAGCAUUACUGUACUUUAUUGGAUUAAAGAAUGUCAAGGAGACUAAA